ACUCGCUGUGUUUGCUGCUGAAACUCGCGAGACCCGAGAAAGGACCGCAGCUCUCUGGCUUCCCAUUGUUUUUCAUUGAAUACCUAACACUACACCUGUUCUGUGCUGCCUGCAACCAAAACGUCUUCUUCAAAGAUCCAAUUUUUUACUUGUUUGUUUGUCUCCUUGCUGUUGUUGUUUGGAUUCCUUGGGCUGGAGAUUCAUUCAUAGUUAUAUCGGAAGUAACGCCUUGCGGAUUUCCACAAGGGGCACGGCAUAUUCCGCCAUUUUCAGAUGUUAAAUGCUAUAUUAUAUGGUUGGAUUUGCAUGCUUGCUGUACUGAUACCAUUUAAAGCAGAAGCAGAGUUUGUAAAUAUUACAUAUGUCGAAAGUGGUGUAGCCAAAGCUGCAGGUGCAGUAUGUUUGGAUGGAAGUCCCCCGGCUUAUCAUCUGUCUAGAGGUUCUGGAUCAGGAAACAAUAGUUGGUUGGUCCAUUUUGAGGGAGGAGGAUGGUGCAACAAUUUAACCACUUGUCUAGCACGAAAGAAUACCCGUUUAGGCUCUUCCAAACAAAUGGCUACACAACUUGCUUUUUCAGGCAUCUUAAGCAAUAGUCAAGCAUUUAAUCCAGAUUUCUACAACUGGAACAGAGUCAAGAUUCGUUAUUGUGAUGGCUCAUCGUUCACGGGGGAUGUAGAGAAAGUAGAUCCUGUCACCAAUCUUCACUACAGAGGAGCCAGGGUAUGGCGUGCCGUUAUGGAAGAUCUACUUGUUCAAGGAAUGAGUGAGGCUGAAAACGCACUUCUUUCUGGUUGUUCAGCUGGAGGAUUGGCUUCAAUACUACACUGUGACAGCUUUCGGGACUUUCUACCAGAAAGUGCCAAGGUCAAAUGCCUUUCAGAUGCUGGUUAUUUCAUAAAUGUGAAGGAUAUUACUGGAACUGAACAUAUCAAGACCUUCUACAAUGAUGUGGUUACAACACAUGGAUCAGCAAAGAAUUUGCCUCACUGUUCUUCAACAACAGAACCUGGACUGUGUUUCUUCCCUCAAUACAUGGCUCAAGGAGUCGAUACACAGCUGUUUAUUCUAAAUGCAGCUUACGAUACAUGGCAGAUAAGGAAUAUUUUGGUAUAUGGAAAUGCUGAUCCUCAGGGAACUUGGAAGGCCUGCAAGCUUGAUAUAAAUCAAUGCUCUGCAGCUCAACUUGAAAUCAUUCAAGGGUACAGAAUGGACUUCUUGAAUGCAUUGAAUGGAUUAGGCAAUUUAAGCUCGAGAGGUCUGUUCAUAAACUCCUGCUUUGUCCACUGCCAGUCGGAGAUACAAGAGACAUGGUUUGCUGCUGACUCUCCUAUGCUUAACAAGACACGAAUUGCGACGGCAGUUGCAGAUUGGUUCUACGAUCGAAGAUCCAUCAUAAAGAUCGAUUGCCCCUACCCAUGCGAUUCAACUUGUCACAACAAUGUCUCUCCUGACGAGGUGUCAGAAGGAUAGCAAUUUGUUUCGCAUCCGGCAAGUUUCAUUCUCAUAUCCAAGCUCAUUCAGAAGGAAUGCUAAGUAACUUUGUCCCCGAGUAGAAUAAGCGCAUUGCAUUCUAAAUUGCUGUUGCUUUGCAAUUUAUCAUUCAUUCAUUUACAUAACUGUAAAAGAAUGACAUUUCUAACAAUAA